CGUUCUGGGAGCCCAAGGACGUCCAGGCGGUGGGCGCAGCGACUCGCACUUUGCGACUUGAAGACUCUUUCCUAAGGCGGAUCCCACCCCCUCGCCCUCUUGCGCGCGGCAGCUUACAGCAGGCUUCCGGCGUGAGGUAUUGUGGGCAGUGUAGUCCUUCUCGCAACCUCCCACCUCGUCCGCGCGGCUCACGGGACUACGUUUCCCUUCGGCUCCCGCGCGCCCUGAGCCGCGUCGGCUCCAGCCCCCGACGAACCGAGAGUCUCCAAGAUGGCCGCGUGGGGAAGGAGGCGUCUGGGUCCGGGCGGCGGCGGCUCCCGAGAGAGGGAAACAACAGUAUUUGUAAUGAAGAACGUCAAACUCUGAGCUGUAACCUGAAUUCUUGUCCAAAAUUGAGCAUACUGACAGCAAGCACAGCAAACAGAUUGCCGUUUGUCCUGCUGGCCUCUUUGAGGCACACUUAUCCAUCUAGGAAAGCAGAGCAGGUAUCUGUGUUCUACCACCUGGGUGUCAGCCUGGACCAGCUCUCAGACAGCCCUGCUUGGCCUUUCAUGGCUUACUUGGUGCUGCUCAGAGCUCCUGAGCAUCUCUGAGAUCUCCAUGAGUGUUGGAAUGGUCAGCCUCUCAGCUACAGACUGCUACAUUGUGCACGAAAUCUACAGUGGGGAGAACGCCCAGGACCAGUUUGAGUAUGAGCUGGAGCAGGCGCUGGAAGCCCAGUACAAGUACAUUGUGAUAGAGCCCACCCGAAUUGGAGACGAGACAGCACGCUGGAUCACCGUAGGCAAUUGCCUGCACAAGACGGCCGUGUUGGCAGGUACUGCCUGCCUCUUCACCCCAUUGGCACUGCCCCUGGAUUACUCCCACUACAUCUCCCUGCCCGCUGGUGUGCUGAGCCUGGCCUGCUGUACCCUCUAUGGGAUCUCCUGGCAGUUUGACCCUUGCUGCAAGUACCAGGUGGAGUAUGAUGCCUAUAAACUGUCCCGCCUGCCUCUGCACACGCUCACCUCCUCCACACCAGUGGUGCUGGUUCGGAAGGACGACCUGCACAGAAAGAGACUGCACAACACAAUAGCCCUGGCUGCCCUGGUGUACUGUGUAAAGAAGGUUUAUGAGCUCUACGCCGUAUGACUGCAGGAGAGGGGGACGAGAAGCAGAACCACGAGGCCCACAGGACUCAGAUCCCGACAGCAGCACUGGGUUUUCUCUGUGAAGCAGCAGCGCCUGGGAAAGUGUUUGGUUUAAUACUUGUUAUUUUUUUAAGCAAAAAUAACAGAUCAUGGGUGUGCCAGGGGUUUCUUCAGCUCAUUACACUAAGAUGUCUAUUUCCAUAACCCAGGAGUGGCUCCCAGGCUGUGGAAGUCUGACUGAGCAGUGGAGUAUGGAUAGGAGCCAAUGCUACUUUCUGAGGGGUGUGAACUUGCUGUGGGGGUGUCUUAAGUGUAUUGUUUAACUAUACCAUUCAGAAGCCAACCGGAAGCUAUUGACCAUUAAAAUUAUGAGAAUUUCAA